GAAGGUCAAUGGCAACCGAAACAUUCUUCAAAUUAUUUUCUUCUGUAUUCAGUGAUGGUGGCGCAUGUCCCCAACGCUGGUGCGAUUUGCUGGUAGUGGCGUCAAGCUCCAGAAGGCGGCGUCGUGGCGUAAUGUGGAAGCGGAAGUGAAAGUGAAAGAACCCGUUGUUCCAAAUGUUCCGCCCAUAUGGUUCCGCCGACCAAUUAAAACGCUCCGUUGGUUCACUUCCGUGGUCUGGUUCUUGAUGAUGUUUUUGCGUCAUUCUAUCAAACACGAAAGGCUCGGUUACUGGAACGGUAGAAAUGUCCCCAUUGAAAAAAAUCACUGCGUUGUUCUUCAUGAGAUGAAGAAAGAAGAUCUAAAUCAAAACAUGGUGACGUUUUCUGCGUAGUCCCAGGACAGGAUUUUCAACCAAAUCUCAGCGAGGGAUACUACUGGAUCUUUAGAGACUUAUCGGCUGCCUCCCCUCCAGCGUCAAGAUGCCAGUGGACAGAAUGAGAAUGCGCCCCUGGUUGGAGCAGCAGAUUGAGAGUGGGCAAAUUCAAGGUCUUCACUGGAUCAGUGAGGAGAAAAAGAUGUUUCAGAUACCAUGGAUGCAUGCAGCCAGACAUGGAUGGGAUUUGGAAAAGGAUGCACCUUUAUUUAUGAACUGGGCCAUUCACACAGGAAAGUAUCGCCCAGGUAUUGACAAACCAGACCCUAAGACAUGGAAAGCAAAUUUCCGCUGUGCUAUGAAUUCUCUACCAGACAUUGAGGAAGUGAAAGAUAAAAGCAUGAAGAAAGGAAACAAUGCCUUCAGGAUUUACAGAAUGCUUUCCUUAUAUGAAAAAACUGUAAAGAAAGGAAAGAAAAAGAUGGACCUGGAGCAAAGAGCAAAAAGGGUUUUUCAGAAACGGAAAACUGGCAUUCCCAGAAAAUAUAAAAUGACAAAAGAACAAAGUGGAGAGAACUUUAUGGAAGAUACUACACCAGACAGCACUGUGCUAUUUGCUGAGCCGGAGAGCUCCACUGUGCCUGUGUCAUCAUGGAGGGAGAUGGCUGUAGCUGAAUUACCUGAUGUGUGUGCAGUUGUUGAGGUGGCAACGGAGAAUGAAGAACCUGCGAUUAGCUCCACUGAUACGUGUCUGCCUCUCCAAGACUCCCAUGUUUCAUCCUACAGUGAGAGUGACACAGAGAGCACAAACAGCGAGGAAGACUUAGCACAGCUUCCCCAGGACUUGUCCUUAAAAGCUUCACAAAGAUCAUCGUGUAAUUCUGUGUUAAGGAUCCCAUCAUCAGCUCAAUCCUCGCCAAACACAUUUUUCACAUCAACAAAACUCAAUUUCAAAGUGACCAGCAGCAGAGAGGACUCGCCCCUAAUUGCUUACAACACUCCUCCAUGGUUCCCCUGCCCAUCGAAUUUGCAAAAAGUCACAGCCGUGCGACCCUCAAGCCCUGCCCCCUCACCAGAGCUCACCAGCAGCCUGGCUUCUCAGGCAAGUGUGAUAGCUAAAGCUGUGGACCUCUCUAUUGCAAAACACAAAACACUACAAUGAAGUCACUUGAAAUUUACAACCUGCUGCUAUUCAACCCAUAAUUCAGAAUUUAUCAAGUACUCUCAGGGGGAAGAUUUCCCUUAAAUAUCAUCCGUUGUUCAGCUCUUAAAACCAAAUGGGAGAAUUCCAAGCUAUCUAAAUCCGUUAUACAUAUAUAUCUGAAAUAUUUUGCAGCACUCUACCUCCUUCUCAUAACUGCAUUAAAUAUGUAACUUGUAGAACUACCUCACAGAUGUGACAGCGUAAGCUAGUGAUGAUGCAGCAUUGGGAGAAUACGCUUGUAUUAAUUUUGCAUUGGAGUGGCAUUUCAUACUUGUUGACAGCAGAUGUUAUAAAACAAAGAAUGAAACCGAACUGUUACUGGGGAUUUUUUAAGGGGAAUUUGUGUGUCUUUCUACAGGGUACUGUAGCACAAUAUUGAAAUCACACUUUUGCGAGAAAUGAUUAAGGUUUCAGUACAUUUAUACAUCAAAUUGUCAUGUUUGAAUGAACUGUUUUUGCAAAUUUGAUAUGUCACUCCGGAAAAAAUCUGGAUUAUUAAACUGUCUGUAUGGAAACUUUAAGUUUUACUUAAGGUUCAGCUCUUCCUUGUUAGUAGGGCUAUGAAUACUUGAAUAGACGCACUAAUUUGAGUCGUGUAUUAACUUGUCAGACCGUUCUCAUUUGUUUUCUGAAACACUCUUAUUUUAAGGUAAUGAGAUUUUGCUAUUGGUUUUGUAUAAAAUAUUUUUAUACAACAGUCACUAAUUUGCAUAAUGAACAAACAAAGCAUGGAGAUUAAAAAGCAAAUAUAAAAAACUGGUUUACUGUAGUGUCAAUGAUUAAAAAGUUACACAAUACAAAAUCUUUUCAACAAUCAUUUGUUGUAUAAUGUACAUAAACAGUGGUUAAAAGUGUUAGUAGUGGUAAUAGUCAAAAAGAUGAAUGUGGAGUAGAAAAGCAAAUCACUUAUUUUGCUGCAUCUAACCUUGAUUUUACAAUAGAGGGAUGUGAGGUCAGUGUUUUACAACUCUGUAUGCAGUGGCCUAAAUAAAUUGUAUUCUUGGUUUUCA